UAAAACUAAGAGAGCAAAAAGAUUUCUUGAGAAGAGAGAACCCAAACUUAAAGAAAAUACAAAAAAUGCUAUGCUCAUAAAAGGAGGAAAUGCGAACUUAACAGUGACUGAAGUGCUUAAAGACAUUUAUGCUGUGAAGAAGCCUUUUGCUGUACUGUAUAAAAAGAAAAAUAUUACUAGGCCUUUUGAGGAUCAAACAUCAUUGGAAUUUUUUUCCAAGAAAUCAGAUUGUUCUUUGUUUCUGUUUGGCUCUCAUAACAAGAAGCGGCCUAACAACCUGAUAAUAGGUCGCAUGUUUGACUAUCACGUCCUAGACAUGAUUGAGCUAGGCAUUGAGAAGUUUGUAUCCCUAAAAGAUGUCAAGAACAGUAAAUGUCCUGAAGGAACAAAACCUAUGUUGAUAUUUGCUGGUGACAUGUUUGAUGUAAAUGAAGAAUACAGAAGACUGAAGAGCCUUCUUAUUGAUUUCUUCAGAGGUCCUAGUGUGCCCAGUAUUCGUCUGGCUGGUUUAGAGUAUGUUUUGCAUUUCACAGCUGUAGAGGGGAAGAUUUACAUGCGAAGCUAUAAGGUGCUUCUGAAGAAAUCUGGCUGUAAAAUACCAAGAAUUGAACUGGAAGAGAUGGGACCUUCAUUAGAUCUGGUUAUGAGGAGGACACAUUUAGCUUCAGAUGACCUUUAUAAGCUGUCUUUAAAACAACCAAAAGCCCUGAAGCCUAAGAAGAAAAAGAAUAUCUCCCAUGAUGUGUUCGGUACAACUUAUGGGCGAAUCCACAUGCAGAAGCAAGAUCUUGGUAAACUGCAGACACGAAAAAUGAAAGGGUUAAAAAAGAGGCCAGCAGAGAAGUCAGCUGAAGAUGGUGGGGUUAGUCCCAAAAAGUCAAAAUCAGCUUGAUAGUCUGGAACAGCUUUGAAAACUCUUUGUACCUUCAAAUUUAGUAUGUAUAUUGUAAUAUAAAUGUGUCAGACAUAAAAGAUUCAGCUGCUGUUAGCUUUAGUUUUAUAAAAAAAUCUUUUUAAUGAUUUGUCAUUUUAAAGGGAACAUGCGGGUAUUGAGCUUUAACAUGGAACUUGGUUAUUUAAAAUACAAAAUGUGAUAAAACUUGCUUAGUUUUCCGAAGCUGAGUAUUUAUUAUCUUGGUGUUAGCAAACAUAUGCUAGUCAAGCAGGUGACUCAUUUCCCGAACAGUUUUAUGGCUAUUAUGUUGGGAACCCUCGAUCAGUCAACUCCUCUUAUAAAUUCUGCGCCGGACCAGAGUAAUGUAUAUGCAUAACAUACGCAGCACAACUUCUCUGUUCGUUUAUUGUUUAUGUAUUUCAGGUUUUGCACAACUCAAUAAACUAGAAACCAUUUUCUAAAGUG